CACCCCACGACCGCGGUGGAGUGGUCGGUCGAUACGGAGGGGAACCCCAGGCGGGAGGUGCCUGUCAUCCCCAAGGGGGAGGUGCUGGACAUCCCCCACGUGAAGGCGGGGCACGCGGGGACGUUCACCUGCACCGCCUUGGACGCGGCGCGGCGGGCUCACUUCGCGUCCUUUCGCCUCAGCGUGAUAGAGCCGCCUAUGGUGGAAGGCUUCUCCUUCCCGUCGGAGCUGGCAGAAGGAAUGAGAACGUCGGUGGCAUGCAACAUCCGAUCCGGCAGCCUCCCGAUCCGGAUCCGCUGGCUGAAGGACGGCCACCCCCUCUCCGACCUCGCGACCGGCAUCCAAGAGACGCACGGGGACUUCUACAGCCAUCUGGUGCUGACGAGGAUCCAGGCGGGACACGCGGGUCGGUACACGUGCGUGGCCCAGAACGACGCCGGCCAAAGGGAGCAGUCGGCGGUUCUCCACGUUCUAGUGCCUCCCAAGUGGGUGGUGGAGCCCGAGGACCGUUCUGUGGUCGCCGGGGGUCGUCUCUCCGUGGAAUGCCAGGCGGCGGGCUUCCCCCCGCCGGUCGUCGCGUGGAAACGCGUAGGCGGACGGGGCGAGUCGCUGGUGAAGUCGACCGAGAAGGCGGUGCUGGUGGUGGAAGGCGCGUCCGAGGACGCCGAGUAUGCCUGUGCGGUCGAGAACGGGGUCUCUCCGCCCAUCGAGAAGAGGAUUCGAGUGCGAGUGAACGGUCUGACACGAGUUUCGCAGGGGGUUCGAUGGGAAAGGGAAUGA